GCAAUGGCACAGAGAAAACUAGGAAACUGCCCAGCAGCGAAAGAGUGUCAGAAAGACGAGCCCUUACACCCGCGCGACUUUAAAUCCGGCGUCACACGCUGUCCGCGGACGGCGCAUGCGCAGCCCCGAAACUGCGCGUCCGGAGCGCGGCGCAGGGGCCGCUGGGAAGAUGGCGGGCGUGGGCCUGUCGGCUGGGCGCUCGUGUGUCUUCUGUGGCCGGGCCGCUGCCUCUCUCGGCCCCCACCAUGGCCUCGGCGCGUUCCUAGCACGGAAGCCCCAGCGGGUGCCCUGGCGGCUCCCAGUUUGCAGACAAAAGGCAUCAUUCUCUUUCCUUAGUCGACCAGAACUUCCCAAACUGGCUUAUAAGCGGCUUAAAGGCAAAAGUCCAGGAAUUAUCUUCAUCCCUGGCUACAUCUCUAACAUGAAUGGUACAAAAGCAUUGGCGAUUGAGGAGUUUUGCAAAUCUCUAGGGCAUGCCUAUAUAAGAUUUGAUUACUCAGGAGUUGGAAACUCAGAGGGUAACUUAGAAGAGUGCACAGUGGGGAAAUGGAGAAAAGAUAUUCUUUCUAUAAUUGAUGAUAUAGCAGAAGGACCACAGAUACUGGUUGGAUCUAGCCUUGGUGGGUGGCUUAUGCUUCAUGCUGCAAUUGCGCGACCAGAAAAGGUCAUGGCUCUUGUUGGUAUAGCUACAGCUGCAGAUGCGCUGGUAACACAGUUUAAUCAGCUUCCUGUUGAGGUAAAAAAAGAAGUAGAGAUAAAAGGCACGUGGUCUCUGCCAUCCAAAUACCACGCAGACGGGUUCUACCGUGUUCAGUACAGUUUCAUCAAGGAAGCCGAGCACCACUGCUUGUUGCACAGCCCCAUUCCUGUGCGCUGCCCCGUCCGCCUGCUGCACGGCCUGAAGGAUGACAUUGUACCGUGGCAAACGUCCAUGCAGGUGGCUGACCGCGUACUCAGCACGGAUGUGGAUGUCAUCCUGCGAAAAGAGAGCGAUCACCGAAUGAAGGAAAAGGCUGACAUACAGCUGCUUACUUACACUAUUGAUGACUUGAUUGACAAGCUUUCAACUAUAGUUAACUAGAAUCAUAUUUAUAAUUGGUAUGUAAACUGAUAUAUCCAGAAGAUUGAAAGAGUAAUAGCAAAUCAAAGAUCCUGGCACUUUAGAUUUUUUCCUCUUACCUCUGUAAAUAUCAAAUAAGUAUUUAUUCAAUGAUGUUUUGUUACAAAUAACAUGAACUGUGGCAAAAGUACUGGCUGUUGUUUAGACAGUUCUCUCCUUCCUACAAUCUUUGAAUUUUUUUCCACUAAAAUAAUUCCUAUUUUUUUUAUCAAAGAGAUGUUUACAUUUCUUAUGAGUAUGUUAGCUGGGCCACUUCUUAUGUUCCUAUCUACUUAGAAUUAUUAAUAAAGCUUAAAUACUUUA